UCAAACCACAGAGAAUUUAGCUAUCGGCUUCGCACACCUUGAAGACAGCUCACUGUCAGGAAAGGAAGACGUAAAAGUAUCUCCCCUCUGAAAGAAUCUCUCGGUUCGGGCUUAUCUCGCUGUAAUUACUCAUUGUUCACUCGAUCUAGAAGCCUCGAUUAUUGUACAGCGCACUUGUUGCAUCACUAAUCGCGUUCUAGUUUAUCAAGCACACCCCAAAGCUAGGCUCUCAUUGGGUUACCUAAAUUCCGCUGCCUCGCCGCACCCUUUUUAUAAAUUGCCUUCCCUUCGUACCCUCCAUUCAGCUUCUCGAUGAUGCUCGCUAUUAGAUUUUCAAACCCUUCCGUUCUUAAACAGUCUCCACAAUAGUUAAAGUCAUCCGCCAUGUUUGCCGAAAAGCGAGACCUCUCGUAUUUCCUCCCGUUCGGCCCGGCUCCGAGCAUCAGCACGCUACCGUCCGACGCGGGUCAGGGCGGCAGCGGAGCGGCGUUCGGCGGCAGCCGCGAAGCCGGCGUUACGGCCGGCGUAGCUGCCGGCGGCGUUGCCGGCGGCGGAGCGAGCUGCGGCUUCAGCGGCGGCGCCGGUCCGGCGGGGUUUAACAUCGACGCGGCGAACACAGCAGCGUCGCGGUUGUACGCGACGGGGGUAAUCGACAGCAGCAACCAGCCAGCGAAAGAGAACAACCAGACUAACAACAAUCAGAACAACAACAACAACAGUGCGAGCGUGAGCAGCACGCGGAGGGAGUACGCGUGGCCGGGGACCGUCGCUCACGCGUUCGCCGCCAUUGCGCGUGGUCCCGCUGCAUCGCAGGUGGCGAGCGGCGAGACGCUAGCGGACGCCAUAAUCGACAUUCGCAGGGAGCUGAGCCUCAGCGAUGGCAACCCUCGGCUCGCAAAGGGUCUCACCGAAUUCUUCGAUGAGAUUCUCUCUGAGGAAGAAUCUCAUGAAUUCUUUUUCUUCACGCUACCCGGGAUGGCCUCGCUCGCGCUGCGCCUGCCGAGCCUCGUUUCCCAACAGGCUCGGAGCGUGGCUCGGGCCGCCCAAGCCGCAGCGCAGUCCGGCAGCAGCGGGGGGAGCGGGAGCGGAGGGAGCGGAAGCGGGAGUGGGAGCGGGGGGAGCGAGAAGUGGCGGAGGGGGACGCAGAUGACGCUGCAGCUGCUGCGGCCGCAGCAGCCGGGGCUUGUGCUUAUAACGCAGGAGCUUGCAGCGGCGCUGCUAGUAGGGGCGUUCUUCUGCGUGUAUCCCACUGCAGGGCGCGCGCAGGAGAGACUUCCGGAGAUUAACUUCGACCGGCUGUAUGGCGGGAUCUACGAGGGGUCGCCCCAGCAGCAGGAGAAGCUGCGGUGUCUGCUGCACUACUUCCGCCGGGUCGUCUCCUCCAUGCCGCAGGGCGCCGUCUCCUACGAGCGCAAGGUGCUGCCACUCACAUCCCUCACGCCCGCUGCUGCUCCUGCGCCUGCUGGUGCUGUUCCGUCAGCCCUCCACCCCUUUAGCCCUUCAGGUGCUGCCGCACCCGGUCACUUCAAGCAGCAGCAGGAGGGGCACGGUUGGGGUGGGGACGCUGGGGAGGCGGGAUACAGGCCCGGAUUUGGAGGGUGGGGGCCUGGGAAUAUUGUAGGCCAGGGCGCUGGCGGUUCGCCACCGGGAAGCGGUGGGAGUGGUGGGCAGUGUGGUGGGCUUGGUGGCCGGCGUGGGAAUGGUAAUGGCGGCAGCAAGGGCAGUGGUAACGGCAAUGGGUACGGCAGUAAAGGCAGUGGUAACGGUAACGGUUACGGAAGUGGUUACCACAGCGGGUCCCGAAGCUCCCCCAUGCAGAAAAGCAGCUCUAACCGAAGCUCAGGCCCAACAACAGGCUCGGAUCCGAGCCUGGCAGGCUCGUGGGGGAAAGGCGGGGAGGGAGGGGGGGGGCAGUUGCGAAGUGGGGGGAGCAGCAGGAGCUUUGGGGGAAGCUGGGGGACGCUUCCCCCUCCCCCUGGCGCGGACUUCUGGGGCACCAGGCGGAUCCCUCUCUGCGCUCUGGUGGUGCACGAGAGGGGUACCAUAGAGGACGACGGCAACGGCUGUCUGCAGGUCGACUUUGCCAACGCGUUUCUGGGCGGCGGGACGCUCGGCUCGGGCUGCGUGCAGGAGGAGAUUCGUUUCGUCAUCUGCCCGGAGCUCAUCGUGGGAAUGCUUUUUCUGCCCGCCAUGGAGAACAACGAGACGAUUGAGAUCGUGGGGCCCGAGCGGUUCAGCCGAUACAAUGGUUAUGCAGCAACCUUCAAAUUCGCUGGUGAUUUCGUCGACUCGGCCCCUCGGGACUCCCUGGGCCGCCGCCAGACCAGAAUAGUGGCUAUGGACGCCCUCUCCCACGCGGCAGACCGCCAGUUCCGCAGCUCGCACCUCCUCAGAGAGACCAACAAGGCCUUCUGCGGCUUCCUGGACCAUGCUUCUGCCCGGGGGUUCGCUGGGGGGUCCAUUCUGGCGAGUAAUGACAGCAAUAGCCCGGUGUUUUUGGAGGGUAAUGCGCAGUUUUCCCUUGGAGAGGGGGAGAAUAGGAGCGGUGAUGGUAGUGGGACGCAAAAGAGAAGCGGGGGGAUGCAGCAAGGAGGGGAUGAGAGAGGAAAGGGCAGUGGAAGUGUCAAUAGCGAAGGGAACCCGGCAGAAGCAGACGCGGCCCGCCGGCCGGCUGCAACAGCGCAUGGGCCUAACAGCAGCAGUGACAAUAACGAAGGGAGGAACAGCGAGCAGAGCAACCGCAGCUGCAGCAACAACACGAACAACAGCAGUGGGAAUAACAGCACGCACAUGCAGGGCAGCAGCAGGGCCACUGCUGGCACUAGCUCCGGCUCUGACUCUCGGCUUGGGAGGAGGGGGGAAGUGGGGGGGAGGGACUCCAGUGAGAGUGAGAGAAUGGGGGAGGAUGAGGAGGAGGAGGAAGAGGAGGUGGAGGAAGAGGAAGAGGAAGAGGAAGAGGAGGAGGGAUAUGUGAUGGUGGAAAAGGGGGGGAGGUUGGAGGGAGUGCAGGAGGAGUGGGGGGAAGAGAGAGAGGGGGAGCAACUGGGGGAGUUUCAAGAGGCUGAUGCCAGAGGGGCUGGGGGUGAGGCAGGUGAAGGACAGCCGACGCCAAUGGAGGAGGACAAUAACGAGGACAGAACCUUGGAAGGGAACAACGGCAACGGGGGCAACGACAGCGACACAGAGAUGAUUAUGGAGGAGGAAAGGGGGAAGGGGAGGGAGGGGGGAGAGGGCGAGGCGGAGCAAACGCCGUCCCCCAGCCUGCCCUUUGUGCGCACAGACGCCUUGAUAGUGUCAGCGGGAGGAGGGAUGAGAGUAGCUGGCGCUCCUGUGCCUGCUGUCGCCAUUCGUUUCCCCUCCAACUCCCCCCAGGGAACCGCCACAGGCACUGGCGGGACAGGCACGGGGACAGCGGGUAGGACGUGGGGCUCAGGGGGAGCCACUGGUGGGGGGAGUGGGGGCGCCACAGGCGGGGGAACAGGGGGGACUGGGGGAACGGGGGGAACGGGGGGAGAAGGAAAAACAGCAAGAAGAGGGGCAGGAGACGGAGGUGGAGGAGGAAAAGAAGGUAGUGGGAGUGACACGCAAAGCCGGGCGGCGACGGAGUCGAGCGGGCGGCAUUUGUCUCUUUCUGGGCUGAGGCGGGCGGUGGAAGAGGAGGUGGUUGGGGCGGGGGGCGGGGGGGAGAGAGGGGGGGAGAUGGGGGAGCAUGGGGGGCAGGAGGAGACGGGGAGUGGGGGGGGGAGCAGGGGGAGGAGUAGGGAUGAGAAUGGGAGUGAUAGCGGGGGGAGUGAUGAUCUAGGGAGUGGGGACCACAGGAGGCGCGUUCAUGCCCUUCAGACUGUCGCUACCGCUGCCACUCCUGCAACUGCUGCGGCAGCUGCUGCUGUGAAUAUACCUGCAGCUGUUGUUGCUGCAGAUGCUGGGGAUGCCGGUGGAGCGGAGGCAAUGGGAGGAGUGGGAGGAGGAGGGGCACGGGCAGCGGCAGGGGGGGGGGCGGGGAGAGAAAGUGGGGCCGUGGGAGUGGUUGCUGCCGGGAGAGCUGCAGGGGCGGCGGGAGAAGCAGGGGCAGCAGCACCGCCAGCUGCAGGAGCGACAGCGGCAGCAGCAGCAGCAGCAGCAGCAGCAGCAGCAGCAGCAGUUGCGGCGGCGAGCAUGCGGGCGAAUCGAAUGAGUUUUGUAUCGCAGCACAACCGCAUCGGCAUUGCGACGGGCAACUGGGGGUGCGGCGUGUUUGGGGGCGACCUGGAGGUCAAGAGCAUGCUGCAGUGGAUGGCUGCCUCUGAGGCGGGGCGGCCCUUCGUGCUCUACUUCACUUACUCCGACCCGCGCGCUGCCAGGCUCAAAGAGGUCUCUGAGUGGCUGUUGAGGGAGGGGUGGAGCGUGGGCGAGCUGUGGACCACAGUCGCUGAGUACAGCAGGCAGAGGCGAGACAACCAGCUGCAGCUGCAAGUGCCGCAGCACCACUCGGAGCACCACCACCACCAGCAGCUCUCAGACCACCACCAGCACGACCAGCACUACCAGCACUACCAGCACCAGUAUCACCAGCAGCAGGGGCAGCAGCAGUAUCACCAGCAGCAGGGGCAGCACCAGUAUCACCAGCAGCAGGGGCAGCAGCAGGGGGAGAGGCGGCGGCAGCGGCACGGCACGCCGGUGUCCUUCUUCGAUUGGCUCAUCCCCGUGCAGCAACGAUCCGCAGGUUCUCCCGAGCCUGACGCCAAGCGUGCGCGCCUGUCCAGCUCCGGAGGCUCGUCCCGAGCCGUGUCAUCUCCCCCCCGCACCUCCCGCUCCCUGCACACCGAGUUGCAGUACGCGUUUGAGGACCCAUGCCUCGUUCCUGAAGUGGGUGGGGCCGACGGGCAUGGGCCUGGCCAACCGGCUGGAGGCAUGGAGGAUGGAGGCGACAUGAGGGUUGGCAGCAUGGCUGACCACAGGGGAGGAAGGGGGGGAGGCGCUGGCAGUGUGCCGGAUGAGAGGGGAGGAAGGGGAGGAGGCGGAGGAGGUGGGGGGUCUGGGGAAGAAGCAGGUGGGGCUGGCGAGUGUGCUCGGGAUGAGGUGCGGGGAACAGAGCCAAGACAGCAGGUGCAGGAAGGGGGGCACAGAGUCCACGUGCAAGGGUCAGAGCAGAGUGACCAGGUGCAAGGGCCAGAGCAGCGAGGCCACAUGCGUGGGCUGGUAGGGCAGCAGGAUGCAGUGGGGGAUCCGCUGGUUCAGGCAGUUGGGGAAGCGGAGGCUGCGAUGAGUGUAGAAGUGAGCGUUCAGGUGGCUCAGGAAGGGACGGAGCAGGGGGGGAUGGAGGAAGGAGUGGGAGGGCUUGGGGAUGGUGAGAGGGAGGAGGGGCAAGGGGAGGGGCAAGAAGAGGGGCAAGAAGAGGGGCUAGAAGAGGGGCUAGAGCGGAGAGAGGAGGAACGAGAGGGGCGAGGGGAGUUGAGGAUGCGACAGGGGGAAGUGGCAGUGUUGGAUGGGGAGGUGGGGCGGCAUGGGCAUGGCAGAACCACUGUGGAUGCCAACCGUGAGGGGGAGGUGGGGGAUGGGGAAAGGGAAUUGGAGAAUAGGGAGGAGAGGGAGGAGAGGGAGGAGAGGGAGGACAGGGAGGAGAGGGAGGAAGGGGAGGGAGGAGGGGCCAUGGAAGGGCAAUCAGUGCCUCGUUGGGACGAGUCCCGUGCUCAGAGCAGCGGGCAACACAGGGAGCAGCAGCAGCAGCACAGACAGCAGCAGCAGCAGCAGCCGGGCAGUGGGGAGGGAGUGGUGCCCGGGGGCAGUGGGGGGUCAGCCCAGCAGCAAUCGCCCCAGCAGUCAUCGGGCCAACAACAAUUAACCCAACGGCAUUCAGCCCAGCAGCCUGGUAGAGAGGGGGAGGGGACAGCAGCUGCUGCACAGGGAGCAGAUGAGGCUCGGGCCGAAGCACCAGGUCAGGUACGGGGACUGACUGCACAAGAAGCAGAUGAGUUGGAGGGAAGAGAUGGGAGGGAUGAGGGGGAGGGGAUGGAGGAGAGGGAGGAGAGGGAGGGUGCAGAGGAGAGGAGGGAGGGGAGAGAGGGGAGGUUGUCUCCUGACCAGCGUUAUCUAAGGGAGGUUCCUUCUGGGAGUGGCUGGCGGAAUGACGCGUUCGGAGAUGGACGGUCAGGAUCGGACAACAUGAGCGACAGUACUAAUAGGGAAGCAGCUAGUAGCGAGGAUAUGAGUAGGUCGCAAGGGAGUGGGAGGGAUGGUGGAAGAAUGGGGCGUGGUUCAAGAGGCGGGAACAGAAGUUGGGGGAGGAGCAGAGGCUCUAGUGAUGGUCAAAGGAUGUUUGGGGAGCAUAUCGACUCUGAUACACCUUCACUUGACAGUUUGGAUGAUGUGUUUCGAGAACGGAUGGGGUGAAGUUAGGUGAGGGUGACAGCCUUGGUAAAUUAGCCUGUGCUGUAGCACGGGUGGUUUAGCCAAGCUGGUUCGUUUUUUACUUUCUCCCACAAGUUGAAAGUUUGCAAUAAAAAGUUGGUGUUUUGAGUUGUGGCUUCGUUUAUCCGUCAUACGUGCUACAUGCUACAUUGUA